CCUCCUGAAUGAACCCGGUCAGUGUCGGGGAGUACCACGGGCUGAGGGUGGGCUCGGCCCUGCUCAGCAUCGUGGCGGGCUGCAUCAUCAUUGGAGUGUCCAGAGAGUGUGACGCUGAUGCUGUGGGAGGAAUCUUCCUGGGAGCCGGCGGGCUGGGCCUGCUCAUUUCCAUCUACCCGUUCAUCAAAGCCUGGCUCAACAUCAAUCACAUCCUCCCAUCCUUCGGAAACUUCCGAGUUCACCCGUCCACUGCUCCCGCCAUGGAUCAGCCAGCAGACGCUUUGAGACGAGAUGGCACUCAGAGUCAGAUCAACCUGGAGCGCUCCAAGAGUCGGAUGGGGACAUUCAUGGAGGGCGGAGCUAUGGCCGAGACCAACCCUGAUGAAGGGACAUCUUCAGACAUGCCGGAUGUGUUAUCCAGAAGGAAACUCGACCUGCCAUGACAUCACUGAUGCUCUAUCCAAUCAGAGCUGACCUCUGCUCU